AUCUAUUUCUGUGGUCCCAGUUAUCUGUGACAGUCUUCAGGAAUGGUCCGGACUAUAUUACAACCUCUUCCCUCCCCCAGAAGCUGUGCUAAAGUAACAGCUGAUGUCAGUCCUGCUUAAAGACACACACACAUAUGAACACACAUGCACACAGACCACACUGGCUACUCGGUCAAAGAGAGCCAGCCAAAGGGGAGUAGGGCUCCUGCACCUUCCUCUCCCUGCGACACAUCAGCACUUGGCACAGAGGAGGCUCCAUACCACGCUUCACAAAUCCACAAUCCAAGCCUUUAAUCCCAAGUUACAGCAGACUUAAAAGGGGAGGGCAGUUAUCUAACUCUCUCAGCACCCCCAUGUGCCUGCUUGGAUCAUGGAGCUGCACUGCCUUCCUACUGAUACCCCCACCACAGCCAGCUCCUGCUCCACGGAUCCCCCGUACGACAACUGCCCACCUUUUGGCCAGCGAGAGAGAGCCAGGGAGAAGGAAAUGGAGAGUGGAGUUGUGUGCCCUGCUGUAACCAGACUCCCAGGCCCCCAGAGCCCACUGCCUGGUCUGGCCCCAGCUGUGGCUGAGGUUCAGACAGUGGUCGGUGGGGGAAGAGGGCCUGGCAUUUGGCCAGCUCACAGCUACUGCAACUGUAAAGAAGGCCUGGGAAGACAGGCCUGGGAAGCAGAGCUAAGCAGAGGCAUAAACACAGCAAGAGGAGGAGACAGAGGAGGAGAACAGGGGUGUAGCUGGGGAGUUCAUGUGAACCAAAGCCCAAGCCCAUCACAGAGUGAGGAGCACCGGAGCGCUCUGUCUCUGUAUGAUAAUCUCCCUGAUGCUGAAACAUCAAACAGCCUCCAGGACUUUGACACAGAAACAAGCCUCCAGGAACACUUGCAGGAGCAGAUGCACAAAGCUGUAGCAUCCAAACAAAUCCAGGGAUCGAUGGAGGACGACUGUGCGACUGAAAAGAUGCUCAGUAAAAGAUGUUCUAGCAACCAGGACCAGAAACCAGACCAAGAUGAGGAGCAUGAACCGGAGCUAGAGCUGGACUCAGGAUCCUGUAGAUUAACAGAAGGGGACCUGAUGCAGCAUCACCACCUCCCUACGUCGCUUCCUCCACAUCUUACACAAAAUUCCACUCAGAUGCGUCAAACCAAGUGUCACGACCCACCGCUGUGGCCUCCGGCUGAUGUCAAACAGCCAAAACAGACAUCGUCUCCCAGAGUGCCCCCUCCAUUACCCCUGGCAGACCCCUCUGCCAGUGCUUUACGCAGCCUCCUCACCAGCCUGCAGCACCAGAUAAUGAAGCAGAGAGAAGAAUAUGAAGCACGGAUAAUCAGUCUGGAGCAGAGAAAUGAAGAGCUACAGAUGGAGGUAGUUCGUCUGAAAACAAACCUCGCACAGCAGCGGCACUGGUACCAGGUUGUGCAGGCGAAGAUCGUGGAAUCUGAACGGGCACGGGCUGCCGCGGAAGCACACAACACCACGAUGCAGAGGGAGAUGGAGCAGUUUUUCGACAUCUUUGGAGAGCUCAACAACGAGGAAAAGAAAACAGAACACAUUGUGCAGAGCUUUUGAGAAAGCUUAUGAUACGAGCAGUGAGUGCAAAGAGUAGGAAAUAAAUGCACAAGAUGAGCUGGUCAUUACACUCUAACGAGGGUCUUUUAUCACUAUGUCACUAAUAAAGCAAUGUACAGUCAUUUCCUCAUGAAGAAUCUGAGAAUUGCACAAAACAGCAUCAAAGAAAGAAAAAUAAUCACUGAUGUCCACUUUAUUAGCUGAGUAUGGGCAAAAGAUGUUGGCCAAAAGGUCAUAUUGUGGUCAUUGCAAUCACAGAGGACAUCUCUGGAAAUAAAAGGAGGAACAAACCGAGAUGUACAGUGUAUACAAUGGAGUAUUUUCUUUUAAAAACAUAGGAAACACAUGAGAUAACCUGAGCAACGUGAUGCUCAGUCCUUAUCUGCUAAGAUUUGGAGAGUUGGAUGGCCACUCCUCAGGUCAUUUAAGGCAUGACUGAAAGAAUAAGGUCAUGGUUGUGUACAACAUAGUGCAUAAGUUCUCCAUAGUGUCUUCUUUCUGCAUGUCCAUCACAUGUGCAAUCAGUUAUGAAAAAAAAGUUUAAAAAAAAAAGAACAAAGUGGGGGGCGCAGUAUC